AUGUUCUCUAAUGUCACCGCCCCUCGUAGGAGCUUAAUCUGUGCAUCAGAAAGCGAUUCCUUUGGGCACCACCACGAGGGGAAGAUGGUGGACGACAACAUGAUCCUUCUCAGAAAGCGAAUUCGAGAGAUUGAGAUGCUGAAAACGAAGGGUAAAGCUUCUUCGGACUGGAAUGAAUGGGAGAAAAAGUACUUCCAGAAUUAUGAUUCAGAUGUAUGUGAAGCAGUUGGAGUAUUGCAAAGAGUGUUAAUGAACACUAGACCUUCUUUUGCACUUGCCACAUUCGCUCUUCUUAUGCUAACCAUGUCAAUGUCAAUGUUGCAACUUGCAUUUCAUCUUGUAGGGUUUGCUAAGGGAAUCCUAUGA